AUGGCGUCCGUCUCGCCACCCAAGCCGUGGGAGAGGGCCGGCGCGGCUGGGGGUACUGCUCUAUCCACUCCCGCCACUAGCACAGCCGCUUCUACCAUGACCAACUCCACCGCAACAACAUCCCCGACCGCGACCACUACACCAACAUCCACAUCAACCGCAGCAGCGCCCAACCUACCAUCACGACCAGACGCUCUGAACGCAGUGGUCAACCGCACCGCCUCGAAUUAUUCUCCCUACAGUGCUUCUCGAUUAGGAGCGAGUCCCUACAGCGCGUAUUCGUCACCAUACUCGUCGCCGUAUUCGUCGCCGUACUCCCGUCUCGGCGGCAUGGGUUCGAUGGGAUCGAUGUAUGGUGGAUAUGGUGGCUAUGGUGGGAUGUAUGGGGGCAUGGGGGGCAUGGGGAUGGGAGGAAUGGGAGGAAUGUAUGGCGGUAUGCCGGGCGGGGAUCCGAAUGAUCCUAACAGCUUGACGAAUUCAUUUGGGCAGAGCACGCAGGCGACGUUUCAGAUGAUUGAGAGCAUCGUGGGUGCAUUUGGGGGGUUUGCUCAGAUGCUCGAGAGUACUUAUAUGGCCACGCAUAGUUCUUUUUUUGCCAUGGUCUCUGUGGCAGAGCAGUUGGGUAAUUUGCGAAACACGCUUGGCUCAGCGCUGGGGAUCUUUACCAUAAUGCGAUGGUUUAGGACACUGAUCGCGAAAGUAACCGGUCGUCCCCCGCCGGCGGAUGCCACGGCUCUCACGCCGUCUGCAUUUGCGGCCUUUAUGAAUGGCCGCUCGGCUCCGGCUACGCUUCCUGAUGGAACCCCUGCGCCUCCCAAAAUGUCCAGGAAGCCGUUUUUCAUGUUCCUAGUCGCCGUAUUUGGCCUUCCCUAUUUGAUGGGCAAACUCAUCAAGACCCUUGCACGCUCGCAGGAGCAGCGCCGCCAACUCAUGGUGGGUGCGAAUGGGGAGCCCACUACCGGACCCCUCGACCCCUCUAAGCUGGACUUUUGUCGCCUGCUGUACGACUACACCCCGGAGUCACAGGAAGGCGCGGGGAUCGACCUAGCCGUGAAGAAGGGCGACAUCGUCGCCGUGCUGAGCAAAUCGGAUCCCAUGGGCAAUGCAUCUGAGUGGUGGCGAUGUCGGGCACGGGAUGGCCGUGUUGGGUAUCUCCCGGGGCCGUACUUGGAGACGAUCCAGCGUCGCCCGACCCCGCAGGCGAUCACCUCGGGCAGCAGCAGCGGCAGCGACAGCGGCAACGUGCAGGUGAAGAUGGGAGCUAGCGAGGAGGAGAAGAAGCCGGAGAUCAAGGGGAAGAUGGGCGAUAUUGCGCCGGAGAGUUUUCAAAAGAGUACCUUUUAUUCAUGA